GUGGGCGGGGGCAUUAAGAGAGGCGUUGCAGCGUUCUGUCUCUUCACUUAGCUGAGAUCAUAGUAAGGCUGUCACGCGAUUUUCUUAGAUUACCCUCGUUUCUCGCUCUCAACCCUUCCUUGGGACGAUAAUAUUACGAAUAAAAACUGAAGUAUGGCUAACUACAUUCACGUACCCGAAGAGGCACCGGCUGUGCCCAAAAUCGACGUGACAGUCGAGGAGAGAGACUACAGAACCGGCGCGUUGAAGCUGGUCAAGGAGCUGAGACCGAGCUGGAAACCAUCCGAGGUCAAAAUAAAGUUUUUCACCGACGGCAUCACCAAUAAGCUACUCGGCUGCUACGUGGGCACGGUUAUGCAAGACGUAGUCCUGGUCCGCAUCUACGGGAACAAGACUGAGCUUUUGAUCGACCGCGAGAACGAGGUGAAGAGCUUCCGAGUCCUGCACGCGCACCGCUGCGCCCCGCGCCUCUACUGCACCUUCAACAACGGCCUGUGCUAUGAGUUCCUGCAAGGCACGGCGCUGGAGCCGGAGCACAUCCGGAGCCAGCCCGUUUUCAGGCUUAUUGCCAGACAGCUCGCCAAGUAUCACGCCAUCCAUGCUCACAAUGGCUGGGUGCCCCAGUCGGACUUGUGGCUGAAGAUGGGAAAGUACUUCUCGCUCAUUCCAAAGUACUUCAGUGACCCUGAGAAGAAUGCGAGGUUGAGCACGGAGGUGCCCAACCUACGUUGCCUCAGAGAAGAGCUCGUGUGGCUGCAGCAGAGCCUGUCGGUGCUGGGCUCCCCUGUGGUCCUGUGCCACAACGACCUGCUGUGCAAAAACAUCAUCUACAACCAGCAGGCCGGGAAUGUAAAGUUCAUUGACUACGAGUACGCCGGCUACAAUUACCAGGCCUUCGACAUUGGGAAUCACUUCAAUGAGUUUGCCGGUUUGAACGAAGUAGAUUACAGCCACUACCCAGCGAGGCCCUUUCAGCUGCAGUGGCUUCGCUCGUACCUGGAAGCCUACAAGGGGCACAAAGGUCUGAGCAGCGAGGUGACUGACAGAGAAGUGGAGAUGCUCUACGUGCAAGUCAACAAAUUUGCCCUGGCAUCACAUUUCUUCUGGGCUCUCUGGGCUCUGAUUCAGGCCAAAUUCUCCACCAUCGACUUCGACUUCUUGGAGUACGCAGUGCUGCGUUUCAACCAGUACUUCAGGAUGAAACCCGAGGUGGCUGUGUUGAGCCUACCAGAAUAAAACCCCCACCCAACCCCAAGCCCGCCGCUCUUCUUCCUCCUGCUCUUCCUCUGGCCUCCAUGCCCUGCUCAGUGCCUCUCUGACUACAGACAUAGAGCGCCCUCUAGGGGCACGUGCCGGGAAGACCUUUGUUCAGUGCCUGGUGCAAGGUGGCACAAUCAUUUACCCACCCACCUGCGAGUUAUGUUUAAAAAAAAAAAAAAAUGGAGUGCAUGUACUGACUGAACAGCCUAGGCAUUGUGACACAUUGCGUGGCUAUUUCAAAUCGCACAUUUAAGGCGCACUGAAUAAGAGAUGGGAGCUAAACACUAAUCUGAUUGUUUGGAGACUCCACCAAGUCACUUCCAUGGAAACCCCCCCCCCCCCCACUCCUCCCCCAGAGAGGCAACCGAACCACCAAGAUCAAGCAACACGCACUUAGUGUGCUUUGCCCAGGAAGUGAGAGUCACGACAUACUGAACGGCCGAGAAACGCCUGGCAUGCUUUUGUUUUUGAAACCCUUAUUUUUGGUUCCAGCAUGCUGCGCACGACUGAUGCGCCAGAAUAGCCAUGCAGUCAGGGCGCGCGCGCGUGUGUGUGUUUUUCAGUGUGUUCGUUGAGGGUCAAAACAAGAGUCGGCGUAGGCGGAAUCUCUUGGCAAAACAAAGUGGCCGUUUUCGCAUUCCAUCCUCAUCGUGCCGCUCGGCUUUCCUUUGACGCGGGAGCAUUAAGACGAGACCAAAACCGCUUGACUUGUAGGAAACGUUGAAAUGCGGACAGCGCAAAAGUUGUGACGGUGACGUCCGUCAUCUGCAAAGUGCUACUCAGUGCUGUCGAGUAAGACAAAAUGGCUGCUGUUGACACGCUGACCAAGAGGCAAAGUAUGUCGAAGGAGGCCUUUGGAAAUACUAAAUGAUAAUCCAUGUUACCUUCAAUGAGCCGGCGCCAAAGUUGAGCUUUCCUUUUGUAAAUAUUGCACGGUAAACGUUUGAAGGAUUCUGAAAAUGAGAUUGGACACCUACAGUCAGAAGCCACUGCAAAAUGACCAUGAAUAGCUCUUUAUAGGUACAAUAUAUGUAAGUAUGAAAAUAUAAAAAACAAACAAAAAAAAAAAAAAGAUCGGAUGUCUUUUUUGGUCUGAUUCUUUCUAGAAGUGUCAAACGUUGCAAUAAGUUGAGCUUUUACAAGAUAAAACAGCUUCCUGAGCAAUUGAAAUGUGUAAAUGCAAAUUGUUAAUAUUAAGAUGCUUGCACCCCCCCCCUCCAUAUGUCAAUGCACUGUUCAUUCUUCUCAGCUGACAAGUAGUUGCUGAAAUGUUUGUUCGCCAGUGUGCUCUUAUUUGUACUUGUCAGAAUUGAGAAACAAGGUCCAUCGUUCGCGCCAACAAGUAGAGGGGCAGCAGACUAUUAAUGUGAAGUCAGCAAUCCACGCACAUAAGCUUUUGAAAUGUGAAAAUGUCGCGUUAAAAAGAGGGCAGUUUACAUCACGUCACUGUCAGAUUUUGGGAACUGUGGUCGAAAAGCCAUCUCAAAAGGUGGGCUUCGUAGUUUUGUGACUUUUUCGCUCCAUGUUUUCUGUGGCCAUUGCAGUAUAUUGUUUAUAAUGUACAGGAAACAAAUGCAAUAUGUUUUUUUUUUUUCUUUUUUUUUUUUAAAUGAAGUCAUCUGGAAAGCGAGUAGAAGUAACAUGUAAGUUGACUUGAAAUACUGUAAACAAAACUAAAAAAAUAAAAUAUUUACUCUUAUAUCCA